AUGGCCACCUCCACCAUGUCUGUCUGCUCUGACGCUUGCACCAACUCUUCCUGGCAGGUGGACGACUGCCCAGAGAGCUGCUGUGAGCCUGGCUGCUGUGCCCCCAGCUGCUGCCACUGCUGUGCCCCAGCCUCCUGCAUUACUCUUGUCUGUACCCCAGUGAGCUGUGGGUCCAGCCCCUGCUGCCAAUCUUCCUGCUCACCAUCAUGCUGCCAGCCCUCAUGCUGCCAAUCCUCCUGCCGUGUGCCUGUGUGCUGCAAGCCUGUCUGCUGCACACCCAUCUGUUCUGGCUCCUCCUGCUGCCAGCAGUCUAGCUGCCAGCCCUCAUGCUGCCAGCCAUCCUGCUGUGUGACUCUUUGCUGCAAGCCUGUCUGCUGCACACCCAUCUGUUCUGGCUCCUCCUGCUGCCAGCAGUCUAGCUGCCAGCCCUCAUGCUGCCAGCCAUCCUGCUGUGUGACUCUUUGCUGCAAGCCUGUCUGCUGCACACCCAUCUGUUCUGGCUCCUCCUGCUGCCAGCAGUCUAGCUGCCAGCCCUCAUGCUGCCAGCCAUCCUGCUGUGUGCCCAUCUGCUGCAAGCCUGUCUGCUGCAAGCCCUGCUCCAGCGUGUCCCUGCUCUGCCGCCCUGUGUGCAGACCCGCAUGCUGUGUGCCCAGCUCCUCCUGCUGUGCCUCCUCCUGCCAGCCCAGCUGCUGCAAGCCCUGCUCCAGCAUGUCCCUGCUCUGCCGCCCUGUGUGCUCCAGCCAGGCCUGCUGUGGCCUCUCCUCGGGCCAGAAGUCCACCAUGGGACCCAGAUCUGCCUCGGCCCUGUGCACGCCUCCACAAUCCACAGCAAGGAUCUUACCCACUGGCCCUGGUCUCCAGGCAUCUGACCAGUCCUGGCCAUUGCUGCUCUCAGGGUUCCUGUGGAAGUUUUCAAAAUCUUUCCCUGGGAGCUCUGAGGACCUGGGUAGAGGAGAAGGUGCCAGUGCUCAGAGGGGACAAAGGACCAUGAAUGUUAUGGGUGCUGUCAGGGAAUACAGAGAAGUUCACCCUGAAACAUGCCCCAAAACAUUCACCCUCCUGCUCGCAUUGACUCCACCAGGCUGCCAGAGCCACCAGGCAAGCCUUGAGUUCUCACAGACAGAGGGAGGCACCCGCAGACACCAAGACCUACAGGACAACCCAGGAGCACAUGCCACCAUCUUCAAAGCACACAGUCCAGGCUGUGCCCACUCCUUCUCUGCCCAGCUCACUCCUCACCCUCCUCCAUCCAACCCCACCAUGGCCACCUCCACCAUGUCUGUCUGCUCUGACGCUUGCACCAACUCUUCCUGGCAGGUGGACGACUGCCCAGAGAGCUGCUGUGAGCCUGGCUGCUGUGCCCCCAGCUGCUGCCAGUCCAGCUGCUGCCAGCCUAGCUGCUGCCAGCCCAGCUGCUGUGUCCCCAGCUGCUGUGCCCCAGCCUCCUGCAUUACUCUUGUCUGUACCCCAGUGAGCUGUGUGUCCAGCCCCUGCUGCCAAUCUUCCUGCUCACCAUCAUGCUGCCAGCCCUCAUGCUGCCAAUCCUCCUGCCGUGUGCCUGUGUGCUGCAAGCCUGUCUGCUGCACACCCAUCUGUUCUGGCUCCUCCUCCUGCUGCCAGCAGUCUAGCUGCCAGCCCUCAUGCUGCCAGCCAUCCUGCUGUGUGCCUGUCUGCUGCAAGCCUGUCUGCUGCACACCCAUCUGUUCUGGCUCCUCCUGCUGCCAGCAGUCUAGCUGCCAGCCCUCAUGCUGCCAGCCAUCCUGCUGUGUGACUCUUUGCUGCAAGCCUGUCUGCUGCACACCCAUCUGUUCUGGCUCCUCCUGCUGCCAGCAGUCUAGCUGCCAGCCCUCAUGCUGCCAGCCAUCCUGCUGUGUGCCCAUCUGCUGCAAGCCUGUCUGCUGCAAGCCCUGCUCCAGCGUGUCCCUGCUCUGCCGCCCUGUGUGCAGACCCGCAUGCUGUGUGCCCAGCUCCUCCUGCUGUGCCUCCUCCUGCCAGCCCAGCUGCUGCAAGCCCUGCUCCAGCAUGUCCCUGCUCUGCCGCCCUGUGUGCUCCAGCCAGGCCUGCUGUGGCCUCUCCUCGGGCCAGAAGUCCAGCUGCUGCUGA